UUUUUCUCCGAGAUGUUUGGCAGUUUUCAGAUGAAAAUGCCAAAUGAGUAGCGGUGCUUGAAGAUGUGAUGUAAGAAUGGCGCGUUGUUAUUCAAAUUUACGUGCGCUCUUUUCUGCAAAUUCUUUGAACCUCUUUUUCAUUCUUGUUCCGAUUCUGUAUUUUGGCAUGUCCUCUUCAGCAUUAGUUAAAGAGGGCAUAAUAUAUGCUACCAAUUAUACGGUGUUUUCUGUUACAAGUCCGGGUAGAGUUAUAAUAACCUUGACUUCUUGGACUGGCGAUGCGGAUCUCUAUGCAGUCGAGGCCCCUGGAUCGGCCAGUGCCGAGAACUACGACUUGAGUUCUUACUCGUGCGGCAAAGACUUCAUUUUAAUUCCUCACGACUUCGCGCGACCUGUAUCUGUUUCCAUAUAUGGACAUCCAUUUGCAGAGGAAACUAAGUAUACAUUAGAGGCAGACUUCAUCGAAGUUAAGGAAGUAGAUGGGUUUCUGGAGACGGAUACUACAUCAGAAGGGGAGGCCCUGAUCGGAUCCGAACCUCAAUCGGAGAAAGGACCCGGAGGCACUAUGGCAGUCGUAUUCACCAUUCUAUUCGAGUUCCUCAAAGUACUGGCUGAUGUGCUGCUGUAAAUUAAACUAAAUCUAGAUUAGAUUUUUAUGGUUUCUUUUUUGCUUUUCUCCUAAUUUCUUCAUUCCUGAGUUGUAUCUUUGUAGUUUUCUCAUAUUAUUCUGUAUAAGAAAUUAUCUCUCCUGGAUGGAUUUUUGAAGUUUGCUGAAUUAGUGAAUUUUGUACAAGGAUUUUACAACUUUUCCUGACAUUUACUAAAUCGAUCUUGAAAUUACCGAA